CCCCGCCCUCGCCCCAAGGCCCGGUGGGGAGCGCGUGUCUGGGUCACAUGAGCCGCCCGCCCGCCAGCCCGGGCCUGGCCCCCCGCCGCCCCCGCCGUCCCCGCCGUCCCCGCCGCCGCUGCCCGCCGCCACCGGCCGCCCGCCCGCCCGGCUCCUCCGGCCGCCUCCGCUGCGCUGCGCUGCGCUGCCUGCACCCAGGGCUCGGGAGGGGGCCGCGGAGGAGCCGCCCCCCGCGCCCGGCCCCCGUCCGCCGCGCUCGGGCCCGCGCCAUGGGGCUCUGGCUGCCGCCGCCCCCCGCGCCGCCGGGCUAGGACGAUGCGGGCGCCCCCGGCGGGCGGCCCCCGCGGGCACCAUGAGCCCUCUGCUCCGCCGCCUGCUGCUCGCCGCGCUCCUGCAGCUGGCCCCCGCCCAGGCCCCUGUCUCCCAGCCUGAUGUCCCUGGCCACCAGAAGAAAGUGGUGUCAUGGAUAGAUGUGUAUACUCGUGCUACCUGCCAGCCCCGGGAGGUGGUGGUGCCCCUGACUGUGGAGCUCAUGGGCACCGUGGCCAAACAGCUGGUGCCCAGCUGCGUGACUGUGCAGCGCUGUGGUGGCUGCUGCCCUGACGAUGGCCUGGAGUGUGUGCCCACUGGGCAGCACCAAGUCCGGAUGCAGAUCCUCAUGAUCCGGUACCCGAGCAGUCAGCUGGGGGAGAUGUCCCUGGAAGAACACAGCCAGUGUGAAUGCAGACCUAAAAAAAAGGACAGUGCUGUGAAGCCGGACAGCCCCAGGCCCCUCUGCCCACGCUGCACCCAGCGCCACCAGCGCCCUGACCCCCGGACCUGCCGCUGCCGCUGCCGCUGCCGACGCCGCAGCUUCCUCCGUUGCCAAGGGCGGGGCUUAGAGCUCAACCCAGACACCUGCAGGUGCCGGAAGCUGCGAAGGUGACACAUGGCUUUUCAGACUCAGCAAGGUGACUUGCCUCAGAGGCUAUAUACCAGUGGGAGAACAAAGAGGAGCCUGGUAAAAAACAGCCAAGCCCCCAAGACCUCAGCCCAGGCAGAAGCUGCUCCAGGACCUGGGCCUCUCAGAGGGCUCUUCUGCCAUCCCUUGUCUCCCUAAGGCCGUCAUCAAACAGGACAGAGUUGGAAGAGGAGACUGGGAGGCAGCAAGGGGGUCAUAUACCAGCUCAGGGGAGAAUGGGGUACUGUCUCAGUUUCUAACCGCCCUGUGCAAGUAAGCAUCUUACAACUGGCUCUUCCUCCCCUCACUAAGAAGACCCAAACCUCUGCAUAAUGGGAUUUGGGCUUUGGUACAAGAACUGUGACCCCCAACCCUGAUAAAAGAGAUGGAAGGA